CAGACAAUUGUGACAGAGUUCAUUCUCUUGGGACUGUCAGAUGACCCUAGCAUCCAAUCUGUCCUUUUUGCUACAGGGCUUUUGAUAUACAUGUUCACAUUAGCUGGGAAUCUGGCCAUUAUUGCUUUGGUACGGACCGCCCAGUACCUCCGGACUCCAAUAUACUUCUUGCUGAGCAAUCUGGCUUUUACUGAGAUCUGCUACAUCAACUCAACCAUACCAAAGAUGUUAUGGGAUCUCAUGUCAGGGAACAAGACCAUCUCCUUUGCUGGCUGUGCAUCCCAAAUAUUCUGCUUUCUAACCACAGGAGCCACAGAAGGUGCUUUACUCUCGGUCAUGGCUUAUGAUUGUUAUGCUGCCAUCUGCCACCCAUUGCACUAUACAUUGCUCAUGAGCCAACCUGUGCUCAGAUGGCUUGUUGCGAUGUCAUGGGCAAUUGGAGGAGUUAAUGGCACCGUUGAUACUGUCUUUGUUUUCUCCUUGAACUUCUGUGGUCCCAAUAAGAUAGUGCACUUCUUCUGUGACAUCCCACCUGUCUUGCAGCUGUCCUGCUCUGACACUUCUCUUGCUGAACUGAUGACUUUUAUGACUUUCUUCUUAAUUGUCCUCUCCUAUGUCCUGAUUGUCUUAUCUGUACUAAAAAUCAGUAUGGCUCAGGGUAGGAUCAAGACAUUCUCUUCUUGUGCCUCCCACCUUACUGUGGUGAGUAUCUUCUACAGCACAGGUAUCUUCACUUACCUGAGACCUAUUUCUGGCCGCUCAAUGGAAAAUGGCCGUGUGAUCUCGGUGCUGUAUACCAUCAUUACCCCUUUGCUGAACCCUCUAAUCUACAGCCUUAAAAACAAAGAAAUGCAGGCAGCACUUUUGAAUGUUCUUGGGAAGAAGCAACAUUGUCAGCCAUGA